UAGCUUUAUUCCUCUUCUAACUGAACUUAGGGUGGUCUUCAGCAUGCCCUUAUUUCUCCUCCUGGUUUCUGGUUUUAGUUGUGUUUCAAUGGCAAUCACACCUGCUUUUGGUAGAUUGUACUCCCUCCAUCUCCAUUUGUUGGUCUUCUAUCCUAACCGGCUCUUUAAUUGGUUAUGUUUUUCAAUUGGUAUUAUAUUUUUAAUAAAUAUGGUUGUUGUUUGAUAGAUCUCAAUUAAUUAUGUUAUACAAAGUUUUUAAAAUCACAUAAUACAUCAUAAAUUACGAGAUAUAAUCAAUUGAAAAGUGGCACAGACUCCCAAAAAGGACUAACAAAUGGGGAUGGAGGGAGUAGCGUUUAAUGUUGGUUUGUUCUCAUGUAGUUGAUUUAUGAGUAAGGCAGUGGAAUAGCCACCCGAGACUUGUAGCUUCCAACUCCGUUAUUCUAAUUUUCAUAAGAGCAUUAUUUGUAAUUAAGACAGUUUUGAACUAGAGUAAGAAAAUAGCGUACUUGUUAUGUGCUUCCAGUCUUAUAACCGUAGACAUCAACUCCGGUACUCCACAACUCCCAUUCCUCCCAGAAAGGGCCGUUGAUGCUUUGAAUUGAUGUGGUUCUUAUGUAGUAAAUCAUGAUCAUGAGUUGAACCGCUCCUCACUAUACAACAAUAAUAAAGAUGAAACAGAACCUUGGAACCUGCGAAAUCAAGCCAGACCAAAUUGGUUCUCAAUUCUAGGUUAUCCUGUCAUAUCAACUAAUUUCGAGAAGAUGUAAAAAAAUUGGUGAAUUUUUUUUAUUUUUAGAAGUUUCCAUCUUCACCGAGUCACCCACUCACUGAAUAAUAGUAUGCGUCGUAGUUUGAAUAGUAGUGGAAUUGUAACUGUUGGAUCAAAAAACUUACCAAACAAACUCUAGUAAUCUCUCUAAAUGUCGGGUAAACAUAGCAUUUAUGGUUAACCAGAUGAAUUCCAGGCAAGAGAGGCCUACUUUUUGGUGUGAAUUUAAUUCUUAUAGAACCAAACAACCAAAAAGAUAAUUACCGGAAAAAAAAAACCCCAAAAGAGAGGGACCCAGGGCUUACCUCGUGAAAAUGCAGACAGCAAGAUCAGGAUCAACUGCAAAACAACGCUCUGUGGGAGAACCCCAGCAGCAUAAACCCCACAAGACAAAGUUUUACUGAGGCCAAGAAGAACUGGACAGAAGAAGAGAGUAGAGCACAGAAUUUUGCCAGCUAACCAAUUGUAAGUCAAAGGGGAAUGAAAAUCCUUGAAGUCGUGAAGGAAGCUUGACAUGUGAAAGUCAUAUUUUGAUAUCCAUCUGAGAGUUCAAUAGCUUCUAAAAUGAAACCAAGAACCAAUGGGGUGCCUAGAGCCCAGAGUUCCAAAGGUUUCCAGGGGGAGGGGCCAAAUUGGAUGCUUAUAGCUGGUGGUGCCCUGUUAAGUACGUUGUCAAUGCGAUUGGGUUACAAGCUGAAACAGGUGCUUGAUGCAAAGCAACCAGAGAAUACUUGCGGUGGUUCGAAAGGGAAUGGGAGAUUUACAGAGAGAAAGAAGUCAGGGGAUUGCCACUCGCAUUCAAAUACAUAUUGCUAUACCCAAGAUGAGAGUGGCUGCUUCAAUUACAUUUCAGGAACUCAAGGUGUGGAGAUUAAGCAGCACCCCAAUGAGAAUUUGUCGACCGAACCUGACAUGGCACUUCCUCUGGUGACAGUUCCCCCAAGGGAAUUCAACAAAGAAAACGGCGUAAUCUGGGCAUCUUCUCCCGAUCGUCUUGAGAUGCCCCAGAAGCCAUUUCACCAUUCAAACAGCUCAGGCUCCCCAUGUGUCUCAGAAUCUGGUUCUGACAUCUUCAGCAAGAGAGAAGUCAUACAGAAACUGAGGCAACAACUCAAGAGAAGGGAUGAUAUGAUACUGGAAAUGCAGGACCAGAUUGUAGAACUGCAGAAUUCAAUCAACACUCAGUUUUCUCAUUCGUCCCAUUUGCAAUCACUUUUAGAUGCUGCAAAUAGGGAUUUGCUCGAUUCUGAGAGAGAAAUCCAGAGGUUGAGGAAAGCAAUUGCCGAUCAUUGUGUGGGACAAGUGAGUUCUAAUGACAAUCACUCAACUGUCCCCACGUGGCCAACUGAAGGAAGAAACGGCCAUGCGAAUGGGUAUCUUGACGGUGAGAGCAAUUUUGAAUAUUCAGAGAAAGGGAGAGGAGAUGGGGAGAGGAUUGAGAUGCUGAGGAGGGAAGUAGGUGAGUUGAAGGAGGUGAUAGAAGGAAAGGAAUACCUGCUGCAGAGUUACAAGGAGCAGAAGACAGAGCUAUCGGUGAAGGUCAAGGAGUUGCAGCAGAGAUUGGAUAGUCAGCUUCCAAAUAUCUUGUAGGCAGGGGUCAUCAUUCUUGUGCAUUCUUCUCUUUUCUUGUUUUCCCUUUAACUUCUUGAUUUGUGGUUCUAAAUUUUGGAAAAGCUUCUUUUUCGCUUCAGUGCUGUCGUUACACUACUCAGUGUUGUUUCUGGCCACUAAUGGGGAGAGAGAUCAGGCUUGGAUGGUUAUCUGAUAAGUAGGCUAGGACAGGUUUUUUCCCCCCUCCUUUCCUCAACCCUCUUGAAUUGUAUGCAAGCUCUGAUUUGAAAUUGUUUUUAACCUCACACCCAACAAAUUUUCUUUUACAGUUCCU